GAGAGAGAGAGAGAGCAGGCCGAGGCAGAGAGCCCUUCCUUCCGAAACAAAAUCCCCUCCCCUGCCCUCCCACCGUGGCGAGGAGAGACGAGGAGAGGGGGUCGGAGCGGGCAGAGGCAGGCAGGCAGCAGCUCAUCUCGUGACUGCAGCUGGCCUCAAGCGGGCGACCACAUCCAUCCACCCACCCAUCCAUCCACCCAUCCAUUUCCCUUCCCACCCUCGCCCGCGGCGGCGGCGGCGGCUCCUUCCCCCUUCGACGCAUCGCAGGAAUGGGGCAGAUGGGGGGUCCCGACGGCGACGGGGGCGCCCACCCCCACCACCCGUACCACUACCAGGCGCUCCUCGCCGCGGUGCAGAACCCCAACCAGGGCUUGCACGCCUUUCCCCUCCCCUUCCACGUCCCGCUCCACCACGCACCGCAAGGAGGGCAGGGAGCAGGAGCACCCGCCGCCGGUCCAGGGCCAGGGCCAGCAGCUGAUACAGCCGCCUCCACCCACAAUGCUGCUCCCCACUCUCAGCAUUCAAGAGGUUUUGCCGAUUGGAGCGCUUCCAGCAGUGCCUUCGCGUCCGUUUCCGCGCAGCCCGCCCCUGCUACCACCAACGCACCACCCUUCCCGUACAACCUCUCCCAGUCUUACACGCUAUGGUCCCAUUACAUGCUUAACAAGAAUGCGAUGCCCUACUCUUCUUAUCCCGCACCGCAUGAGGAGAACCUGCACCCACUGCGCCAUACUCACAUCCCGCCGGACAAGGAUUCAGGUUCUACAUAUUCCAUGGAAACAGCAGGUUCUGCAUCCAGCCUUGGGUUUGACUCUUUCACUACUAUGUCCCUUGGACCAAACAUAUGCGCCCACAUGUCUCCCAUGGAAGGAUCUUUACCUGCCAAAGAAGCUGAGAAUUCAGAGGAUUUGCCUACAGUAGUUAGAAACAGUGACGAAAUGGACACUAUGAACAGUGAUGAAGUCCAUCGUGACACAGCUGCCACUCUUCCUGAGUCAAAGCCUAGUCAUGAAAGCUGCACCACGAAGUUCAACUCUGGAGAGUACCAAGUUGUUUUGCGCAAAGAGUUGACAAAGAGCGAUGUUGCAAAUGUUGGGCGAAUUGUGCUUCCCAAGAAGGAUGCUGAGGCUAGUCUUCCACCGUUGGUGCAAGGUGAUCCUCUGAUACUGCAGAUGGAUGACAUGGUGCUUCCUGUUACAUGGAAAUUUAAGUAUAGAUUCUGGCCAAACAACAAAAGCAGAAUGUAUAUUCUGGAAGCUGCAGGUGAAUUUGUGAAGACACAUGGUCUCCAGGCAGGGGAUGCGCUCAUAAUCUACAAGAACUCCGUGCCCGGCAAAUUUAUUAUCCGUGCGGAGAAGGCCAUUCAGCAGACAAACCCCUAAACCCAGCUUGAUGUGGGUGUAGCAGCGUCAAAGAUGGCUUUGAGGAUAUGAAUUCACCAUAAGUUCACAACUGAAGGCAUUGUCAACUUUCAUGACUGGGUUACCAUCACAAUGGAUGAGAUUGAAAAGAGAGAAUCACGAAUCUGACUUAUUGACUCCUGGUGGAUGGAGAGGAGAGAAAUUUUGGGAGAACAUUGAAAGUGCUGCCAACGAGCCUACAUCUGAGCAGGACAAGUAGUUUGCAUUUUGUUUCCCUUCUAAUUCGGUUGUAUUUGGAUGCUCGAGUUCUGCAUUGCAUUCUGAACAACAUUCGCAGUACUUUUUUCUUGUAAAUAUUUUGGACCUAUAAGAUAAAGGAAUUGGUCUGGAACUUAUGCA